AUGCUACUCGAUCUGUCGCACGCCCCGUGGCGUGCGACGCAUUUUCAUCCCGCCGCGCGCCCUUUGCGGCCCUGUUGCCGCUCUUCGCGGCCCCGUCGCCGCCCUUCGCGGCCCCCACUCGGCCCCUCCCCCCCCUUCGCGGCCCGUCGCCGCCCUAAGCGGCCCCAUCGCCGCCCGCAGCGGCCCCCGUCGCCGCCCUCUACGGCCCCGUCGCCGCCCGCAGCAGCCCCGUCGCCGCCGCAGCGCCCCGUCACCGCCCGCAGCGACCCCUUCGCCGCCCGCAGCGGCCCCGUCGCAGCCCGCAGCGGCCCCGGCGCCGCCCGCAGCGGCCCCGUCGUUGUCCGCAGCGGCCCCGUCGCCGCCCGCAGCGGCCCCGUCGCCGCCCGCAGUGACCCCUUCGCCGCCCGCAGCGGCCCCGUCGACGCCCGCAGCGGCCCCAUCGCCGCCCUCCGCGGCCCCGUUGCCGCCCGCAGCGGCCUCGUCGCCGCCCUCUGCGGUCCUGUCGCCGCCCUCCCGCUGCCCCUUCACGGCACCCUGGGGAGCCUACAAUGA